CCUCUCUCUCUUAGUAUUGCAAGCUAGGUAGCUUAAACCAGCCUUUGCCUUUUAGUUUAGCUAGUUUCCCCAUCGAUUCAUCAGAGCACGCCUCCAAUUUCCUAAUCACUCCCAUAUAAUUCCCCUGUCUAGCUACCUUGUGUGCCCAUCAUUAGUAGUUCUUGUUCCUGCGUUGUCUUCUAGCUUGCGUUCAAUCUUGAGAUAGAGAGGGAGGUAGCUAGGUUUAAUUUGUGACCUUGUGUGUCUGAUAUAUAUAUUUGUCUUAGAUCUGGGAGAGAUAGAGAGAGAGAUCGAGGAAGAUAGCUGGGAGAGAUGGGGAGGGGGAAGAUAGUGAUAAGGCGGAUAGACAACUCGACGAGCAGGCAGGUGACGUUCUCGAAGCGGCGGAACGGGUUGCUGAAGAAGGCGAAGGAGCUGUCCAUCCUGUGCGAUGCGGAGGUCGGCCUCGUCGUCUUCUCCAGCACCGGCAGGCUCUACGAGUUCUCCAGCACCAACAUGAAAGCUGUGAUAGACCGGUAUACCAACGCAAAGGAGGAGCUACUUGGUGAGAAUGCAACUUCAGAAAUUAAGAUUUGGCAAAGGGAGGCAGCAAGCUUGAGGCAGCAACUGCACAACUUGCAAGAAAGCCACAAGCAACUGAUGGGUGAGGAGCUUUCUGGCCUAGGUGUUAGAGAUCUCCAAGGUUUAGAGAAUCGGCUUGAGAUAAGCCUACGCAAUAUCAGAAUGAGAAAGGACAAUCUUUUGAGAAGUGAAAUUGAGGAGUUACACGUUAAGGGGAGCCUAAUUCACCAGGAAAACAUCGAACUUUCUAGAAGCCUAAAUGUCAUGUCACAACAAAAAUUGGAACUGUAUAACAAGAUUCAGGCCUGUGAAGAGAGAGUUGCCACAAAUGCAAAUUUAAGUUCCAGCACUCCGUACAGCUUUCAUAUUAUACAAAAUGCAAAUAUUCCUACUUGCCUUGAAUUAAACCAAUCACAGGAAAAAGAAGGAGAGUGCAGCAAAACAGAUGCUCCAGAACUGGGACUUCAUCUGCCUUAAGACCAUGCAGUACAAGCUGGACGAUAAGUGGUAAAUUUCAAAUAUGCGCAGAGCCCUUCAGAUGCAAAUAGUAUAUUUGUGAUAUAAACUAUAGCUGAGCCAAUAAAAUGUGUACAUAAGACAGACAUAUUAUGUUGUCGGAUGCUCAUGUAAUGACUGACUCUGGUUUAACAAGAAAUAUAAGUUUGUAACCCCGUUUAUUAUCCUUGCUUUCUAGA